UGCUAAAUCUCGUAUUCAUAUUCCUACGUCAUACUUCGUCACCUCUUAGACAGGGCCUACGUCACCUCCCGACGAGCACGCCGCACUCCUCCGCAGCCCCCGCUCGCACUCCUCCGCCGCCCACGCCGCACUCCGCCGCCGCUCCUCCGCUAUCUCGCCGCUUCGCUGCCUUCCGCCCGCACUCCGCCGCCGCAGUCGCCACACCCGUCGCAACCUAAAAAAACAGCUACUCCCCUCACCGCCGCUGCGACCCUCCUCCUUCUACUGCCGCAGCGCGCAUCGCAACUCCCUCCCCCCGAUUUCUCGUCUCCACCACAGCCGUGCGCCUGCGCCCUCCCGCCGCCCGUGCUCUCCACCUUGUGAACCCUAUGCCUCGUCGGAAGCUUCGCGAUUCACCCUUGCCGCGACCCGGUUUCGCCAAGAAACCUAAGAAUCUUGCCGAUGCCGACCCCGGUCAUGCCCGUGCCUUCGACCGCUGCCGCGAGCUGCUGGACCAGCUGCUGCAGCACGAUGACGCGUGGGUGUUCGACAAGCCCGUUGAUGUGUAUGAGCUCGGCAUCAGCGACUAUUAUACCAUGAUUCCCGAUCCCAUGGAUCUCGGCACCGUCAGCAGCCGCCUCAAUCGCCUUCGCUACGCAGAUCCACGCGCAUUCGCCGAGGAUGUACGGCUGACCUUUCGCAAUGCCAUGACUUUCAAUGACGAGGAUGAUGCUGUGUAUAAGAGCGCGGCCGAGCUCUCUCGCAUAUUUGAGUCGGGGUGGGCAUCCAUCCUUGUGGAGCUCACACCACCGCAACUGGAGCGUAAUAAGAAGCUCAAGGAGGAGAUGACGCGGCUGCCGGCAAGCUGGCAGGGGAAAGCGGUCGCUAUUAUGAAGGAGAUAGGGGGAUGCCUUCAGGAGGUGAACAGGUGGACUGAGGUAGAUUUUGACAAGGCGGACGAAGCAACUCUUGACAAGCUUGAGCAGCUGGUUGCUUACGCCACUGAAACAGCGGCCGUCAGCGCAAAAUGAUGGAAUCAGAAGAUGUUCUGCAUGAUUUUACCUCAACUGCCUCGUGUUUGAUGGAGUUCCCUGCUCUGCCCGCUAUCAGUUGUGUAUCUGUUUCAGAAUAUUGCUGGUUUCGACAUGACAUCCUUUCUUUGCGAAUGAAUCAACAUCAAAGAUGGCAUAGCUAUGGUUAAACUAUAUCACCUGACUGUGAGUGUGGUUGUAACAUUUGGUGUUUGUGUUGAUGGAGGUUACUCUGUUCGUUGCCAUGUUGAAAUUUCCUGCCGUCAAUUGCACUUGAUUAGGUUGCUCGGAUUUGGCAAUGUUGAUUCUUCUUCACUGUCUCUCAAGAGAGGUGGAUAACGAACAAGCCUUGACAUCAUUAAGUAUUUGAAUAUUUAGGGUCAA